AUGCUGAUUGGCACUAUGAGCUGUCGCACCCUGCGCUCCAGGACAAGAAUCGCUGCGUUGGAAGAGGCCACAAUGGAGAUAGUUACUAAUGCGUUUUCAAUCACCGAUAACAGCUCUAAAACACUGGGAACUGGAUUAUAUCUUGGGAUAUCAGCUCAGAACCACUCUUGCAUACCAGAUGUUUUUGUGCGCUUCGAAGGUGCAACCGCAGUGAUGCGUUCUCCGGAGGAAGGAAAGAAAUACGAUCGUAGUCUCACUAUAUCAUACGUUGAUCUGAUGGGUCUCACAGAAGAACGAAACAAAAUCCUUCAAGACCAGUUUUGUUUUGUGUGUAAUUGUUCGGUUUGCACGAACAAAGUAGAGGAUGACUGGAAAAGAUCUGUCAAUACUAAAUGCUGUCCAGGCGGAUUCUGCUUGGUAGAUCCGAGCGACGAUUGGAACACAAAUCCACCAUCAUGCAUUCUUUGCAAAAAACCGGUAUCCAUGUGUCUGAAUAAGGCUUUAGAAUACAACGCGAGCGGUAGAAUGGAGCUCGACAACAAAACAGGAAGCGGUUUCACAUCACCCGCCAUGGAGUUUGAGCGCUGGUGUGACAUAUUCGAAAAGUUUGUAAAGGUUCUUUCGCCAUACAAUACAGUUCUGGUCAACAUCAAUCAAGAAUUCCUCUCUACAGCAGAAUGUAUCGGUCGAGAAGAUAUUUGUUGUCAAUACGCUGAUGUUGUGUUAGCUGCCUACAGAAGGUAUCUUCCUGCUGGACAUCCAGAACUCAGUCAACGGUUACGUUCCGCAUUUCUAAGCAAGGUACAGCACCAUCCCCUUCAGCAAUGUCGUAUGCUGCUUCUGGAGGCUUACAACAACGCCGUACUGAGUCAUGGCGAAAACCAUCCCAUUGCAACAGAGUUGGCGUCUUAUUUGUCUUAA